AUUAGUUAAUUUCUUAUUUGAUUUGAAAAGGCGGGAAAGGAAGUUGCUUGGACAGUGGCGCCCUCUGAAAAAAGUCACAGUUAAGCUGGUGAGGCGCCACGUGCAGGCAAUCUUUCCCGGGUUUUCAAGCCGAAAGGUGCUAAAACUGUAAAGCGUGGUGAAAAGAGUGAAAUAUAGAAGUCUAAAGAUUGUUGGUGUAUUAUUUAUCAAAUCUCAGAAGUGACACGAACAGUACAAACGCCCACACGAAGGAGUUUAAAGGAUUGGAAUUACUUACAAGAUGGGUCCUGAAGAGGAAACGGGAUCUCCUCCCAGAGUUAGAAAAAGACGUAGGUGCAUGGUGAUAUCCUCAGAUUCUGAAGAAGAAGAAGUGCCAUUAAAGACUCAGAAGCCCGCAUUGGAUGGUUUAUCUAAAGAAGAUCUGCUAGCAAUCAUCGCUUCAUUACGGAGUGAAACUGGCAAAUCGAAUCCAAAUGUUAUACCUAACCAUCAUAACAAUGUUAUACCGGAAUUUGACCCUAACAAUAAGUCUCAAAACGUAGAUAGAUGGCUAGGCAAAGUAAAUGAAUGUAGAUCUAUUUACAACUGGGAUGAGAAACAGACAAUCCAUUUUUCGCUACAAAAGCUGACAGGAUUAGCGAAAAAGUGGUACGAAUCACUGUCUUCUCUCAGUUUUACAUGGGAUCAAUGGCAGAUGAAGUUGCGUAAGGCUUUUCCCAGUGAUGAAAAUUAUGGGAAAAUGCUCGAAGAAAUGCUUGCAAGAACGUCUCGUUCUGAUGAGAGCUUGCGAGAAUAUUUCUAUGAAAAAUUAACGUUGCUCAGUCGCUGCGAAAUUAUAGGACGCAAGGCAGUUGAUUGUAUAGUGUACGGUAUCUCGGAUAUGUCUGUGAGAAAUGGUGCCCAGGGUCUGCGAUGCAAGGAGCCAGAAGAAUUGUUAUCAUUCUUGGCAUCUCAACAGGUUAAGACUAAUGUGCCACAUUCGACAAGCACCAUAAAGAAGCGGGAUCCGCGCAGUACGAAUCCCGGGCCCUAUUAUAGGAGCAAUAAUAUGAAUGGCCCAACCAUGCUUUGCUUUAACUGUAAAGAAAGAGGCCAUUCGUUUACCACGUGCCCGAAACCCUUAGUAAAAUGUCAGAAAUGUGGUCGAGUAGGGCAUGACUAUGAGAACUGUUUCAGGAAACCUCUGUUGUCGCAUAAUACAGUUGAGAAAAAGACACUGAAGAUAGCAGUAGAUACACAAGAUAAAUUACCUAUUAAUGAAGUCGGUUCAAAACCUGGGCCCCUUUCAGCCCAACCUUUGCUUGGAGUAGAUUUACCUACAAGCACUCCUCAAAGUAAUAAAAAGUUUUUCAAGGCAAUUACCGUAAAUGGUGUUGGUUUGAGGGCUUAUAUCGACUUCGGGAGUGAUUCUAGUAUUAUUCGAGUCUCGGAUGCAAAGAUACUUGGCUUGACUGAACAUGUUGAGCAGUUACCUAUCAUAAAAGGUUUUGGAAAUUCGAUUAUACAUCCAAUUUCUAAAGUAACGGCACAGUGUAAAAUCGAUGAAGUUGAAACUGAAAUAGAAUUCCUGGUCGUUGAUGAUCAAUACCUACAGAUGCCCAUUCUGAUUGGGCAAAACUUUACAGAGAUGCCUUCGGUUACAGCGUUAAAGAAUAGCAAUGAGCUAUUCUUCUAUUUCAGCCCUCAAAGCACAAUGGAUGCUACUUCAGAGGAUGAUAAAAUAAUCAAACUAUAUGUUUGCAAUGAAACCAAAGUAGACAAAGGGGGUAUAGUAGAAGUUUACGCGAAAGAAAACAUAACUGGUGAUGUUUAUGCUGACGGUAAUACUAAUUUGUAUCCGAAUCAGGAAUAUCAUUUCCAUAGAGGUUGUUACAAAUUAGUAAAUGGUAGAGGUUUUAUAUUUGUAUCGGUACUCGGUUGCCAUACUGUUUCAUUUAAGCCAGACUUAUUGCUAGCAAGAGUAAGUCGUACUGUUGAAGCAGACAUAGUUGAAGUCAAUAAUAUUCAAUCAGACGGUUCUCGAGAGCAGCCUCCUUUGGAUCAAUCAGACAUAAAGACUGGUAAUGGGUUAAACCCUGCAGAGAAAGAUAGACUUUAUAGUCUAUUACAAAAGUAUCGCUCGUGUUUUGCGACCAACUUAAGUGAAUUGGGUUGCACAACUCAAGCUGAGAUGCGUAUCGAAUUAAAUGACAACAGACCAGUUAUUUAUCGGCCGUAUCGGAUGUCUAUACACGAACGUGAAAAAGUUCGAAACAUUGUAGAAGAGCUGGUACAAAAUGAUAUUGUGCAAGAAUCUGAGUCAAAUUAUGCUAGUCCGGUGAUUCUUGUGAAAAAGAAAACAGGAGAAGCUCGGCUAUGUAUCGACUUUCGAGCUCUUAAUGGCAAAACAGUAAAGGACAAAUAUCCAUUACCCUUGAUUGAAGAUCAAAUUGCUAAUUUAAGCGGUAACAUGUUCUUCACUACAUUAGAUUUGGCCUCGGGGUAUUAUCAGAUUCCGAUGGCUCCAGAAAGUCGCCAUUUGACAGCAUUUGUUACCCCAGAUGGCCUUUAUGAAUUUAAACGGAUGCCGUUUGGCUUAGCCAAUGCCCCAGCACUGUUCCAAAAAAUGAUUAAUAAAAUUCUUGGUUCAAAAAGGUUCACCUCCGCUUUGGCCUAUAUGGAUGACCUUCUUGUUCCUUCGGUAUCCAUUGAAGAAGGGUUUCAAAGGUUGGAAGAGGUUUUGCAACUGCUAAAAAGCGCAGGACUGACAUUGAAAUUGUCUAAGUGUAGUUUCUUUGACACCCAAAUUGAAUAUUUGGGUUAUGAAAUCUCGGCCCAUGGUGUGAAACCGGGAGAGAAAAAAAUAGAGGCAGUAAAAAAAUUCCCUGUACCCAGAAAUGUCCACGAGCUUAGACAAUUUUUGGGCCUUGCAAGCUAUUUUCGGAAGUUCGUAAAAGGGUUUGGUGAAAUAGCGAGGCCUUUGACGUGCUUGCUUAAACAAGAUGUUUCUUGGAAAUGGACACAGUCUGAGCAAAAUGCUUUCCAAACUCUCAAGCUAAAUCUUUCAGAUCGGCCCGUGUUGGCUCUUUAUAAUCCAAAAUUAGAUACAGAACUUCAUACGGAUGCGAGUUCCUUGGGUUUGGGUGGCAUUUUAAUGCAAUGGCAAGACAACCCACGAGUGUUGAAACCAGUCGCCUACUUUAGUCGACAAACAACCACUGAGGAACGUCAUUUUCAUUCAUACGAAUUAGAGACGCUUGCGGUGGUCUGUUCACUAAGAAAAUUUCGGCCGUAUCUAUUAGGAGCCAAAUUUGUAGUGUACACAGACUGCAAUGCUAUAAGACAUACGCUAACUAAAAGAGAUUUAAUUCCUCGAAUAGCAAGAUGGUGGUUACAGAUUAGCGAGUACGACUUUGAUAUCGUUUACCGCCCUGGAUCGCGUAUGAACCAUGUUGAUGCGCUGAGUAGGAAUCCUGCCACGCAACCCAUUAGUUCUAACUCUAAUGCUGAUGUCAGUGAAUUUCCCUGUGUAUUAAAAAUAACUACAGAAAAUUGGUUACACACACUACAAUUAGCUGAUCCCGAAGUUCUAAGAAUCUCUAAGAUUCUUAAACCUGAGACUGACGAAGAAUCUAAAGAGAUAAAAAAGAAUUAUGUCAUUAAAGAUCACCUUGUGUAUCGAAAAGUUAAUGAUCAAUUGCGUUUAGUGGUGCCUCGUAAUUCCAGAUGGCAAAUUUGCAAGAUCAACCACGACGAUAUUGGUCACUUUGGCUUUUCUAAAACACUUGAACGAAUACAAAGCCAAUAUUGGUUUCCAAAGUUACGGAACUUUGUUAAAAAGUAUGUAAAAGCAUGCAUUGAAUGUGCUUACAAUAAAGAUUCUGAAGCUAAAACUCGGCGUGGUCACUUACACCCAAUUGAGAAGAAGGACAUUCCGUUCCACACGAUCCACUUAGAUCAUGUUGGCCCUUUUGUUAAAAGCAAAAAAGGGAAUAAUUACAUCUUGACUAUCGUUGAUGGUUUCACUAAGUACCUUUUUGCAAGACCUGUCAAGGAUGCAAAAAGUAAGACCGUCAUUAAGGUACUAGAGGGCAUAUUUACAGAUUUCGGUACCCCUAUAAGAAUCAUAUCGGACCGUGGAACGGCAUUCACUUCGUCACAAUUUAAGAGCUUUUGCGCAAGCAAUGGCAUUCGACACAUUCUUAAUGCAGUAGCGUGCCCACGGGCUAAUGGACAGGCCGAGAGGUUUAAUCAAACAAUCCUUACCGCUCUGUCUACUCAGAAUUUUAACAAUGAUGAGCGUGAUUGGGAUGUCCAGGUAGGAAAAGUACAGUGGGGUAUCAACAACACUGUAAAUGCGUCGACUAAGAAAGCUCCUACGGAGCUGUUAUUUGGUACAAAAUUAAGCAACGCAUCUGAAAAUAAAUUGAACAGUGUUGUUAUAGAUUCUUCUGACAUUGUAGCGAUAGAUAAUCGGGAUGAAUUGAGACAAACGGCAGCUAACUUAGCGGCCGCAGCGACGACGCAGCGCCCAGUACGACAGGCCCGUCUAACGGCCGCUAAAGCGAUUUUAGCUGGCGCCGCUCCCAAGAGCAAAAAUGCCUCGCGACCGUCACUCACUGCUAUCACAACACCGAAGGUGCCCGAAGAUAACCGAGCAGCGACGAACAGCGCUCCCACCAUCGACCCGAGCGCACGCGCAACACCUACGACGAGCGCACCUAAGGUUGGAGCCACAAAACUGACAAGCGCUACCCCAACCAAUGAAAAUGAUAAGCUCAAAAAGACUACUGCUGAAGAAGACGGAGACUGGCAGAAGGUACUAUCAAAACGACGCAACAACCGACGAUCAGUUACUGUAGGAACUGGAAAUGUAGACUCGGAGCUAAAAACAGUAGAGCAAAUUAAAUAUAUCCAGGCAUGGUCAUUCCUACCCGAGACAACCACAGAAAAUGUGAUGAAAUUCCUCAACAGAAUUAAAAGCUCUAAGGAUUACUAUGUCGAAAAGAGGAACAUAAAAACUACUCGACACGCAUCGUUCGUCAUAGGGAUUCCUGAGUGCCUAUUCGAGUGCUUCAACUCGCCGACUGUGUGGCCACCGCGCGUCCGCUUCUCAGACUGGUUUCCCGCGCGGCCCCGCGCUGCCGCCGUGCGGGGCUCUGCCGCUACUCCCACCACUCCGGUCGCCUCCGCUAAUAUCGGCCGCGACCAGACGGACACUGACAAGGCUACGACCACCAAAUAA